AUGACGACGACUGCAUCCAAGUCCAGCAAGACGAUACUUGCAGCUACUGCACCACCUCGUGGUCGUCCUGUGAGUGGUCGUGUGUGGAAAAAAGUACAGAAGACGCGUUUUUCGGCACAGGGCUAUACGGGAACCAAGGUGCUAAGCUCGACGUGGGAGGAGAAAAUGCUUAAACGCACCAAGCUAAAAGAACUGAAGGCACUACAGGAAGAGAUCAAAAACAGACGACAGUCAGAGCGUGAUGCCAAGCGUCAGGCACGUGAAGAGAAAGAGAAACGCCGGAAAGAGAACGAACUCAAGUCGGCUGCUGUCCAAGUGAUCUCGCGUACGCAUCGACUCAAGACCAUGAGCAAGAAGCAGUUGCGCAAUAUAAAGAAGACAAUCGUGAACAAACAAGGCGUGGUCGAAUACGUCCCCGUCUACUCAAAGUAG